UGCACCAGCCUGCCUCCCCACUGGCUACUGCCUCCCACCCGGGGCUGGCAUCCGUGCUCUCAGUCCUGCAGCCUGGACUGUGUCUCCAUCACCAAAGGGCUGGCGGGGGGCCGGCCGGACACCAGGGCCCGCCCUCCCAUCGCUGGACGGCCACUGCUCCUUCCUCAUUUUGCUGCCGAUUCUAGCCCCAAACAAAACAGGUUGAGCCCUUUUCCUCCCUCCGGCAGCUCCUCUCUGGCUUGCGGCUGCCUUCUGAGGCGCUGCAGACGGCGCCGGCCAGGGAGGGGGGGGCCUGGGCCAGCCCUGUCGGGACUGGGACGGUGCGCCUGGCUCCUGGCCCUCCUUCAGCCCUGUCUGUGGCAGGAGAGUGAGCUUUGCCGCGGCAGUCCCCUGACGAUGAUGCCCCAGCUCCAGUUCAGAGAUGCCUUUUGGUGCAGGGACUUCACAGCCCACACAGGCUACGAGGUGCUGCUGCAGAGGCUGCUGGAUGGCAGGAAGAUGUGCAAGGACGUGGAGGAGCUGCUGAGGCAGAGUUUCCAGCACAGAUGUACAGGGGUCGCUGAGGCCAGAAGCAAGGGGGACACGGAGCCGGCGCUUUGUUCCUGCAGGGCCCAAGCCGAGGAGCGCUAUGGCAAGGAGCUGGUGCAGAUCGCCCGGAAGGCAGGUGGCCAGACAGAGAUCAACUCCUUGAGGGCCUCCUUUGACUCCCUGAAGCAGCAGAUGGAGAAUGUGGGCAGCUCCCACAUCCAGCUGGCCCUGGCCCUGCGCGAGGAGCUGCGGAGCCUUGAGGAGUUCCGUGAGAGGCAGAAGGAGCAGAGGAAGAAGUACGAGGCUGUCAUGGACCGGGUCCAGAAGAGCAAGCUGUCGCUCUACAAGAAGGCCAUGGAUUCCAAGAAGUCAUAUGAGCAGAAGUGCCGGGACGCUGAUGAUGCCGAGCAGGCCUUCGAACGCAUUAGCACCAAUGGCCCCCAGAAGCAGGUGGAGAAGAGCCAGAACAAGGCCAAGCAGUGCAAGGACUCAGCCAUGGAGGCAGAGCGAGUGUACAAGCAGAACAUUGAGCAGUUGGAGAAGGUGCGGGGUGAGUGGGAGCAGGAGCACCGGACCACCUGUGAGGCCUUCCAGCUGCAAGAGUCUGACCGACUGACCAUCCUUCGCAACGCCAUGUGGGUGCACUGCAACCAGCUGUCCUUGCAGUGUGUCAAGGAUGAUGAGCUCUACGAGGAGGUGCGGGUGACACUAGAAGGCUGCAGCGUGGAAGCCGACAUCGAUGGCUUCAUCCAAGCCAAGAGCACAGGCACUGAGCCCCCAGCUCCUGUGCCCUACCAGAACUACUAUGAUCGGGAGGUCACCCCGUCGUCGGGCAGCCCUGGCGUCCAACCAUCCUGCGGCAUGAUAAAGAGGUUCUCUGGGCUGCUGCAUGGAAGUCCCAAGACUAUAUCACUGGCAGCUUCUGCAGAGACCCUGACCCCAAUGCCCGAACACAAUGAGGUUGUCUACUCUUCCAUCGCAGUGAAGGAGGCGCCGGGCCCCCCAACCCUGCCAGCCCAGGGAUACAGGGUGCUCUAUGACUACACGGCCCAGAAUUCCGACGAGUUGGAUAUCUCCGCUGGAGACAUCCUGGAAGUCAUCUUGGAGGGGGAGGAUGGCUGGUGGACAGUGGAACGGAAUGGGCAGCGUGGCUUCGUCCCUGGUACCUACCUGGAAAAGCUCUGAGGAAGGGGCAGCAGCCCCCACCUGGACCUGCCCUGGCUCUGGGGCCAGUGGUACCCCUAAUCAUUGCCUUGGCCUUGCUGGGGCCCCAAGAUGGAGCCUGUCCCCCAGGAUAGAUGCUGGCAGCUCCCUGAGCUGUCUCUCCUGCAGGGAAUAAAGGAGUGCAUUUUUAUUC